UAGCAACCAGCUAGCGUUAGCUACGUAUUGAUAUUGGUUUCUGGCUAAUUGUUCCUUCCCCGCGAUGUCUGAAAUCAGGAUGUGUGAGCCAUUUCAGCUCUUUAAUCUCCUCAACCAGUGCAGCUCAGUGUCAAGGCUGGCAGAGAUCAACUACCUCUGUUUGAUUGAUGCUGGAGAAACCCAUGACUACAGAAUGAGUCACAUCAUGACAGCUAAGAAUGCCAAAAUGGAUUCAAAGAGUACGUUUCUCCUGCCAGAGGCUGUGGAGGUUGACAGUAUGCAGCACGUGGUGGUAUAUGACAGCAACACAUGCUUUUUACAUCAACAAGACAGAGCGGUUCAAUGUGCCCAGGAACUGGCCAAAGCUAGCCUCUCUCCGGUCCACAUAGUGAAAGGAGGCUAUCAGAGGUUCUCGGCUCUGUAUCCUUUUUUAUGCACUGAGAAAAUCAUCUACACCAUCAUGGAGCUGGAAAACCUGAAGCCCUAUCCAGUGGAGAUCAUAGCGCUGCUGUACAUGGGUGAUGAGAAACAAGGCAUGGACUCCAGCAUCCUGAAAGACCUGAAAGUCAGAGCUGUCAUCGACAUCUCGGAGAGUAACACUCUGGAAUCCAUAAAUGGGAACCAGACCGUCACUAACAUCCCUGUGGCUGACUCAGUGGUGUCUGAUUUAUAUUCAAGUCUUAAAAGGAUUUGCAGUCUUAUUGGUUCACACAUCAACAUGGGCUCUUGUGUCCUGAUAGUUUCCAGGAACGGCAGAAGCCGCUGCAGUGCUGUCGCCAUUGCCUUUCUCAUGCACCACCUCAAAUACACACUGGAGGAGGCCUGGAAGUACAUGCUCAAAUGUAAACCCAACAUGAGACCAAACACAGGGUUUCUACAGCAGCUGUCUGACUGGGAGCUUCACACCGUGGGAACGAAAGUGACUGACAUCUCUGGACCUCAUUUUUAACAAAGGAUGAUGUCAUGUUAUUUUGAAGGUGAAAUUCAGGGGAAAGAGGUUGUGUAUUUGGUCCAGAUAAUCCAUAAAUAAACCCUUAUGAUGGAAGGUAAUAAUCAGCUCAAAAUAAAAGACAGAAGAUUGGACAGUGACACCUAGUGGGCUUUGUUUGUACUUCAAACUUUUGUGAACGUCUUCUCUUGUUUUGUAUUUAUAAACAGUUAUAUUUAUGGAUAAAUGUUAUUUAGUGCCAUUUAAAUGUCACUAGCUGCAGUUCAUUGCUUACAUGGCUCUGCUAGAGGUGCUUACAAUCUUGGGUAUAGGUUCCCCCCUCUAGAGUUAUGCAACAUCAGCUCUAAAAAUACAGCCCACAUGCCAAUUAGAGAGAAAUAUAUUGCGCUGAAACUUUCCUUGCAAGGGACAGAGAACCGACUACACACCCAUUCCACUGAAAUGUCUUUGUUUCUAUAAUGGAGUGCUGCUGUCAGGGUCAUAGUUUGGAGUUAUAUGACUAAACCCUGCAAAUAAAACUAGAAGAGAUACUAUUUCUACACUCAGGGCAAAAUGUUUUGAAAUCACUCAAGCGGGUAUUUAAAGGUCUUGGUGGUGAUUGGUUGAAACGAGGAACCAAAAUCUUAGAGCUCACCAACGUGCCAUCUGAUUGGAGUAACCAGUUGCAAAAAUGCAUGACGCGCAUAGGAAUGGUUGUAGAGUUUUGUAAAGGGUGUUAUCGUUAGCUAUGAUAAAACCGGACGUUUUUACAUGGUCUUAAAAAAUAAAAGCGCAAACGUCUUUUAUUCAACAUUUACAUCUGCAGUACACUUUUGAGCCACACGAGAGAACCUGAAUGUUUGUAUUGUUCCGAUAAUUGCAGCCUACUUAUUACAUUGACUAAGAAGAGAGGCUAUAACGUUUUAGCCUGUUAACUCCUCCUCAAUAGUUUUAUUUGGUCUAAUUUAUAAAGUUUAAUACAGUGCGCAGUCUCCUGAUUUAUAGAUUGGGCCUAUUGUGAAUUGGGUUGCAAUGGUAUGUCUUUUGUUUAUUAA